UUACACCUGAACACUUUCCUAAGUAACCGAUUUCCAAGAUCCAUCCCCUCACGAUUACACUCAUUACGCCAGUGAGUCCAACUUAAAACGAGCAAAACGAAUAAAUAAAUUGAACUUUUAAGGCGAGUCGACAACGUCGGCGGCGAGUGCCACAGCCGCCAGCGUUCCUUCCGUGGCAGCAGAUUCAGCAACGUCCGUCAACGGGUUUGCUUCCCCAGCGGGUUCCGUUUCAACAGACGCGGGCACUUCCACGUUGGCCAUCACAGAGGCAACUGGUGCCACAGCCACUACCUCGACGGAUUCAGUGUGUGCGACAACGUCCUGCACAUCAACCACUUCGUCGGCCAGAGGUAAGGUUUGUGCGACAACGUUCUGCACACCAACCACUUCGUCGGUCAUAGGUAGGGCUUGUGCGACCGCAUCCAGUUUGACUUCAGCAAUCACAGAGACCUCUGCCACAACUUCAAAUGGUUCGGCCACGGGGGACGUAGCAACAACGGCAAUGUCAGGUGCAACCUGCUCAGCAACGUCAGUUUCGACUAGUACGGUCGAGGCAAUCACCGCUUCAGCUUCAAUCUCAGAGACCACUUCAGACGCGGCAUCAGUAGCUUCAGUCGUAACUGCAGCUUCCACCACUACUUGAGCAACUUCAGAAACAUCGCCAACCACUGGCGCGCCAACAGGUUCCGCGUGGAGUUCGAUGGCUACGUCCACAACUUCUUCCAAGACUUGAGCCACGACAGGCACUUCAACCACUUCGCCAGCUACCACAUUCGCUUCCAGCUUGGUUUCCAGGACAACUUCGACCACUUCUUGAGCGAGUUGGGCAAUUACUGGCGCCACAACUUCAACUUCAGUCGCCACGGGUACCACAACAGCUGCUUCCAGCUUGUCUUCAACGACCACUUCCACCACAUUGUCAGAAGGUGGCGGCACAACGGCAUCCGUUUCAAAGACCGGGACCUCAGCCGACUCGACGGCAUCAACAGCUUCCACAUCAGGCAGUGCAACCACUUGCUCAUGUUCUUCAGGAAUGCCUUUAGCUUUCGCGACGAAGGGUUCGGCAUCGUCAGACUUCACUGUCGUCAACACUGGAGCCGUCCCGAGAGCAUCUUCCAAUGGAGCAUCCGCAGGGCUUUCUUUUUCCUCAUUGAGCACGACCUCUGACAGCCACACGUUCGACACAUUAAGGUGUGUGGCAGCAACCAUGUCAUUCAGAGCCGUCGACACAGGGACGGCGGUAGGGGGUUGAUGGAGGAUGGGAACACCAAUGGUCUUGGCCACGUAAAAUGGGUUUCGAGAUACCUCCGGGGCGACCGACAUGUUCCAAGCGCAUGUUGGCAAGUCAAGGGGGGGCAAUGUCAGCUUGGGGAGGACAGAAACGUCGGUGUUGGCCACUUCAACUGGCUGCGAUUUUGGCAAAAAAGGUGUCGAGUACACCGAGUCAGCCCAGGGCGCCACCCAUGAGGUCGACAGUGUCACAGGGCGAGUGGCUUGCUCCGAUGACGCAUUCAACCACACCUGCUCCUUCUUGACAGGGGCGCCUUCCAAUGAAGUGGUGGUCACAUUAGCUUCAGCAAUUGGUUCAGCAGCGACAACGGCAGCUUCCUCCACGGGGGAUACAACGGCCGUCGCAUUGUCAGUAGCCGCCACUACGGCCACUGUCGAGGUCGGCAAGUCCUCUGUCGUAAUCUCGACUGGCUCUCCCAAGGCGGCAUUGGCAUCUCCCCGCUUCCAUAAAUGUCGUCCAGAUGACUUGGACGCCAGGGGAGCAUUCACUUUGGGCGUCGUUUUAGACGCGUUCGCUUGCGAGGGAUAGACAAGGGAUCGCAACGCCAACGCCAACGAAUCGAAGGCAGACGCCGGCAGCACGUCCGUCGCCAACCCUGCCGACAAAGCAGACGCGUCCACUUCAUCGUACGAGACGUUUCUUUCCACAGUCGCAGACUUCGUGGCGUUUGCAUCGCUUGAAACAACUUUGGGUUCCUCCAGAACGACGUCGGCAACAAUAGGCACAGCUUCAACGCCCACAGCGUCCGCUGAGAGUGGCAGCACCUUGGAUGGGGUUUGAGUUGCGUUUUCAAAUGCAAUCUCAGCCGAAAGGUUUCGGGUAGUCUCCGUCGCCACCGCUUCGACCACACCGUCAUUGGCUAGCGUCGUCGGGGCUUCCACCAACGACACAUUGAACCCGGGAAGUUGUUCUUGGGUCAAUGGGCGACGGGGUGACGUGUCCACCGACGGCUUCUUUUCCACGGUUUCUAGAGAAGGGGCAACGUUGCCCUCUGUCGCAGGAACGCUCGCAGGCUUCUUCGUGUUGGUCAGCUUCAACAUGAGCGCAAUUUGGGCGCUAAUGUCUUGGGGGGUCUUGGUGGCUUCCACAACGACUUCUUUGCUAGUCGACACGUCUUCCUUGGGUUCUUUAACGUCCGCUGACUUCUCCUCACGAGCAUCAAGCACUUUCAAGGGAGCUGCUUGAGUCGUCUUUACUGGGAGGUUCGCUUGCUGCACAGUCUUCAGGACUUCCGGUGCCUUCUCCACGACAACGUCAGGGACAGUUUCAACCCAUUGGGAGGACGCCGACGGUUCCGGCGCCUUGUACACUUGCUUCAGUUUUUCCACAAGCAUCUCCACGUCAAAUGGGGCAUGGACAACAGGGCUUGACGAGUGCACGUCCUUCGUUGACGACAGGUUCAACGCGCCUGCCCCCACGCCAAUACAGAAGAUCAAGGCACCCAUCAGUCGCUGGGACGUAAACAGUGAGGGGCUGGUGGGAGCAGGAGAAGCCUUGGCCAAGGGAGCCGGGUCGAUGGCUUCUGUCGCCAUGGUGUGGCUUCGACGCACCACAGUCACUGGCUCGGCUACUUUGGCUGGUGGUGCGGCAGUGGCCUGCAGGGCGGCCAACACAUCUUGAUGGUACGAAGUCAAUCGUUCCAACAUGUCCGCACUGAGGUCCUUUGAUUGAGUGGAGGGGCGUUCGUCGAGCGACUUGAGCUGGUUCAACAUUAAAUUCUGCGCUUGUUCCGACUGGUUCAUAAAUGCCGUCAUGGCUACCGACAAGUAGUUGACGUUUUGCAUUGUUUCGCCUUCCUUGUGGCUUUGAAGUGCGACAAGUUGACGGGUAACGGCCUCCAAUUGCUGUUUCAACGCCGUCUUUUCCUGCUCCACCCGAGUCGUGAGGACGAUCUGACGCUCCAGUAAGUCGCACUUGACACGAUGUUCGAGCUGCAACUCCUUGAGAACGCUCUCCAUCGCAAUCAUCUGUUUUUGAACCUUGUCGACCACACUCGCCAUCUCGACUUCUUGCUUGCGCAACUUCAUGCGAGCUAACGUGUCCGACAUACCGGUGGAUUGCGCCAACGCAGACGAAAACGUAGGCCGAAUGUAAUGAGGAUGGUGGCGCGACUUCUGGCGUUCACAAGGGGACGCCGAAAAGUUUGAACUGGGCGCAGAGUCUGCGGUCGACCGGCGAGCCAUGCCGGCUGUGGACAUUUCCCACGCGUUGUCCAUCGCAGCGACUGAAGACGAGUUUGUUUCUACAUCGGAUUCGAGGUGCAUUUGCUGUUCGCACACCACAGUCUUGGUCGUGGUGGUGGUUGUGGUUCGCACGAACUCGUUUGGCGCCGACGGUUUGAUAACUUCAGAGUGAAACUCAACCUCCUUCGCCGGACAGUCGCUGUCAGAGUCAGCGUAGUCGUCACCAAAGAACAUUUGCCGCUGGACGACGCGGAUAGGAGAGCGCGAGGGGGAGCGCGAGGGGGAGCUCGAGCGGACAAUGCGCGACUCUUCGUAGUCUUCAACUGAUGACCGCGACGACGUCGAGACUGUCGAUCGGGUGUUGCGGUACAGAGGGGAGUGCAGUCGGCAUCUUGCGUUAAGGAUGCUAAUCUGACGUGCACGGAUGCGGCCUCGAUGAUCCACCAUGACGCCAAUGAUCUGAUGGAGGCGGAGGUUGGCGGUUAAAUAUACCUUGCGGAUAGGUGGCGGCUUGG